CGAGAUGGUAUCAACAAAUCGUUUUCAAUCGAUUUUAAAACGUGUAAUUUGUUGAUAGCCAUCGUCGAUUAACCUAGCUAUUUAAGUAAAGAAUAUUGAAUGCAACCAGUCAUUUACCUAUUGGAACCACAUUUGAUUUUUAUUCAUGUGGUUUUAAUAAUGAGAUCCUACACUCAGGCUGUGAGACGAUUUUUGGAGACAACCACUCUCCAUGGAUUCAAAUACUUAUUUGCUAAAUACUAUUGCGAUAGAAUAGGAUGGCUGAUAUGUUGUUGCGCAAGCGCCGGUUGUGCCGCGGUACUAUGUACUGUGGUAUGGGCGCGGUUCCUGCAAGUUCCCGCUUUGCUCACACUUAAGGAGGUCGCUGCAGACCUUGACGAACUCGAAAUGCCCAUGGUUGCUGUCUGUCCACCACCGAUCACAGUUGCAGCAAUGUUUACUAACCACUUUAAUGUAAACGAUACCAUCGCUGAAAGCUUUCCGAACAUAUUUGAAAAGAUCCUUCGAAGAAAAUAUGUGCCGGAAGACCAGCUUGCACUUGUCGACGAAGUAUUAGAGCCUCAUGCGCUGACUUUCACGGAAGCACUUUUUGAAAUAAUGCCACCGUGUAAAGAUAUCGUCAUUAAAUGUCAGUGGCAGAGGAGAUCAAUACCUUGCAAUCGUCUAUUUGAGGAGGACCUCACUCAGUGGGGAGUCUGCUGUGUUGCAUCGCGCGCAAGAUUUAAAUCAACUCCAACUUCAGAGCUAGAUAUUACACGAAGAUUGACUCUCGCUGUUCAGUGCUACAAUAAACCGAUGCUUAUAAACUGCCAUUUAAAGUGCAUGGAAAACCGCUGCGGGUGUUUGGAUGUUAUACGACUGAGCGACGAUCCAGAUGAACCGACAAAAAGGCUACAAACUUGUCCGCUUCAAAAACUAAACUGUUUGAGAACCGACAAACGAGAGAAAACAACGUGUAAUUGCUUGCCAACUUGCAAGAAGGUGUCAACACGAAUGAUAAUCGAAACCAGUCGUAUGAAUGCUUUUAACAAUGCUGUAGAUAAUAUAUAUUCUGGAUUGAACGUGUCAAAGGGAAGUGUUCUAACUAUUAGCCUUGGUAUGACUGGUACAGUCCUGUCCAUGGUCUCACCUACGGAAACGUGGAUUACAUUGCUCUCUUCUUUAGGAGGAGUAUUUAAUAUGUUUCUUGGUGUUGGAUUCUUCAGCUUAUUAGAGCUUUUAUUUUUUGUUUUAAUAAGAUUACCUAUUGCUUUUCAAAGGUCAACAGAAAUUAAUCGGUAUAAUUAAAUAAUAAAAAUACAGGAUAAUAUAUUAUGCAAUAUUAGUGUUGUAGUCACAUUUGUAUUAUUAAAUGUUUUAGUUU